AUGGCGACAAAUUCAGUUCCGGCACACGGAGAGGAAAUCCAGCAAGCGAUUCUGCAAAUGGCUGACUUGCUCCAACGGUUGGCCACACCGACGCCGAUCAACCAGGAGAAAGUUCUAGAGUCCCUUUCCACAAACAUGAUUGAAUUUGUGUUCGAUCCCGACAAUGGCAUCACGUUUGAAAAGUGGUUUGCACGUUAUUCGGACCUUUUCGACAACGACGCCCGGAAUCUCGAUGACGCGGCCAAGGUACGUCUUCUCUUGCGGAAGCUGGAUCAUGCUUCACACAGCCGCUAUGUGAACUACAUCCUGCCCAGGCUUCCGAAGGACAUCCAGUUCAUUGACACGGUUUCCACGCUGAAGAAAAUUUUCGCUGGUAAAAGCGAAGCCGAAGACAUUAUCAGUUACGGAGGAAAGUUAAACCGUGCAUGCGAGGAGUUUGAAUUCGCAAAACGACUAGUCAACCUCAAGGCGGACACGACGCUCAUCGAAAAACCACUCGAUCUCGGAAAAAAGGAGCACCAGUCACAACGUCCAUCGAAAGCAAAAGGUAAGCAACUACCAUCUACACCAUGCUGGCAGUGUGGUCAAGUUCACUACGUCCGUGACUGCCCAUUUUCCGACCAUCGCUGCAAAACAUGCAAUCGCGUCGGCCACAAGGAAGGUUACUGCGGCUGCAUCAAGAAAUCGCCCGGCGGUAAUUCCAGCCCAGCUCAAUCGACCGCAAAGAAGCCUGAAACGAAGAAGAAAAAGAAAUCUGGUGGUUACAGUUCCCGAGGGGUCUCCGUGGUGAACCAUAUUGCGAACCGAUCAAAAAAGCGAAGAUUUGUGACGACAAUCAUCAACGAUGUCACAACGUCGUUGCAACUUGAUUCUGCAAGCGACAUCACGGUAAUCUGCGAACAAACAUGGCAUCAGCUGGGUAACCCACAAACGACGCCCCCAUCGAUCAACGCAGUCAACGCAUCCGGUAAACCACUGGGGCUCAUUGGCGAGUUUGAAUGCAAUGUCACGUUCAACGGGACAACGAAACGUGGCAAAUGUUUUGUCUCGUCAUCCCCUAGCCUCAACGUUUUCGGCAUCGAUUGGAUCGACAAGUUCGAUCUGUGGGCACUGCCAUUCGAUUCGAUCUGCAACAGCAUCUCUUCAAAAAGCAAACCAGCGUUUGAUGACGAGAUCCAAAAGCUACGGAGUGACCAUCCGAACGUGUUCGACGACUCGCUAGGGCACUGCACAAAGACAAAGGUGAGACUUUUCCUUAAACCUAACGAAAAACCUGUUUUUUGCCCAAAGCGCCCGGUUCCAUUCAACACAAUUCCAUUGGUUGACACCGAGCUAAACCGUCUCGAAUCCAUGGGAAUCAUCUCUCCAAUCGAUUUUUCGGAAUGGGCCGCUCCGAUCGUAGCUGUCCGUAAGCCCAAUGGACAAGUUCGCAUCUGCGCGGACUAUUCGACAGGACUGAACAAUGCGUUGGAAGCAAACCAUUAUCCUCUGCCGACGCCUGAAGAAAUUUUUGCUCAGUUGGCUGGUAGUCGUGUCUUUAGCAUCAUCGAUUUGUCGGACGCAUACCUACAGGUCGAAGUGGAUGACGAUUCAAAGAAGCUACUGACCAUCAACACGCACAAAGGGCUCUUUAAAUUCAAUCGUCUUGCUCCAGGGGUGAAAUCUGCGCCAGGAGCAUUCCAGCGAUUGAUCGACAGCAUGAUUGCCGACAUUCCAGGCAUUCGCUCCUUCAUCGAUGACGCAAUAGUUUUCGGUCCUACCUGGGAGGCGCACGCAGAGUCGCUCAACAAGCUGCUGACUCGACUUGAGCAGUAUGGAUUCCAUGUCAAGGCGGAGAAAUGUAAGUUUUUCCAGACUGAACUUUGCUAUCUAGGUCACAUCGUGGACCGUCAUGGUAUUCGUCCGGAUCCAGAGAAGCUGCAAGCAAUCGACAAAAUUCCAGCACCAACCAACGUGACCGAACUGCGCUCAUUUCUCGGGGCCGUCAACUACUACGGUAGGUUUGUGCGCAACAUCCAUGAGCUAAGACAACCGCUUGACCAGCUACUAAAGAAGGAUGUCAAGUGGCAGUGGAACGACCGAUGUCAGCAGUCGUUUAAAAAGUUCAAAGCGAUUCUACAGUCCGAGCUUUUAUUGACGCACUACGAUCCGACGCUACCUAUCAUCGUUGCAGCAGAUGCCUCCAACACUGGUAUUGGUGCGGUGAUCCUGCACAAAUUUGCGGAUGGCAAACUGAAAGCCGUUCAACACGCUUCUCGUUCGCUCACUCCCGCCGAGCAAGGUUAUGGUCAACCGGAGAAAGAAGCACUGGCGCUUGUCUACGCAGUGACAAAGUUUCAUAAAUUCCUCCUGGGACGCCACUUCACAUUGCAGACUGACCACAAACCACUUCUAGAAAUCUUCGGCUCGAAGAAGGGUAUUCCGCUCCACACAGCCAACCGACUGCAACGAUGGGCGCUAAUUAUGCUCAAUUACGAUUUUGACAUCCAGCACAUUUCUUCCAACGAUUUCGGUUGCGCAGACAUGCUGUCCCGGCUUAUCGACCGUACUGCUCGACCGGAAGAGGAAUACGUCGUAGCAGCAAUCAACCUGGAAGAAGACAUAGUGAGUAUCAUUAACGACUCGUUAGACAAACUUCCAGUGACAUUCACAGCAUUACAACAAGCGACGAAGAAGAGCACCGUUCUACAAUAGGUGGCCAAAUUCAUCGAGGAAGUUUGGCCACGGGAUUCGAAGUCAAUCACAAACCCAGAUCUCUUACCGUACUACAAUCGGCGGGACUCGCUCAGCAUUGUCAAUGGCUGCGUGAUGCUACACGACCGUGUAGUAGUUCCUCACCAGUUCCAGAGAAAAAUCUUGAGACAGUUCCAUCAGGGUCACCCGGGAGUGGUUCGCAUGAAGGCAAUUGCUCGCAGUUUCGCCACCUGGCCCGGCAUUGACAACGCGAGAUUGAAGGAUUCGUGCGCAACUGCAGUCCCUGCUGCAUAGCCGGAAAAGCACCAGUCAAAACGACGCUCGAGUCGAGGCUUACACCGUCGAAGCCAUGGCCUAGAAUACACAUCGACUAUGC